GGCACGGGUCCUCUGACUCGAAUGAGAAUGGAAUAGUCAGAAAUAGAAAUUAUUUUCACAUGAACUCACUCCAUAAAGGAAAAAAGGAAACGCGAUGGUAGUAGGUAUGAUGAGAAAUGGUGGUUCAAAUAGCGGAGGAGAUAGCCUGAAAUUUCUCUCACAAAAGUAGUACACACGAAUUCACAGCAUUCCAGCUACCUACCUGUCCUGCUCCUCUCUCUACUGGCUAUCUUCUGAGUUCUGACCCAGUGAUCAGAGUUUACAGGGAAAAGACCGAAAGAGUUGAUAAUAUUAUUUCGCACCAUCAGCAUGUUCCGUCGGAGAAGUUCUCAUCAUGAGCAGGAUGAAGAUAAUGUGUUGCAGAAGGUUAGUGAACUAAGGACUUCUCUUGGACCACUAUCAGAACGCAACUUGCAUUACUGCACGGAUGCAUGCUUAAAGAGAUAUUUGCUGGCAAGGAGAUCUAAUGUGGAUAAGGCAAAAAAGAUGCUUGAAGAGACGCUAAAAUGGAGGUCAGCAUUCAAACCUGAAGAAAUUCGUUGGCACGAAGUUGCAAUGGAAGGGGAGACUGGAAAGUUGUUCCGAGCGAGUUUUCAUGAUCGCUUUGGCAGGACUGUUCUCAUAUUGAGACCAGGAAUGCAGAAUACAACAUCAAUUGAAAACCAGAUGAAGCAUUUGGUGUAUCUCAUAGAAAAUGCUAUACUUAAUCUUCCUGAAGGACAAGAGCAGAUGGCGUGGCUGAUAGACUUCACUGGAUGGUCUAUAACCAAUAAUGUCCCUCUCAAAACUGCCAGGGAUUCUAUAAACAUAUUGCAAAACCACUACCCAGAAAGACUAGCUGUGGCCCUUCUAUUCAACCCUCCACGAAUUUUUGAAACAUUUUGGAAGAUUGUCAAAUUCUUUUUGGAUCCGAUUACUUCUCAGAAAGUCAAAUUUGUGUAUCCUAAGAACAAGGAUAGCAUGGAAGUGAUGAAAUCUUACUUUGAUGUGGACAAUCUUCCAACUGAGUUGGGUGGAAAUGCUGCGAUGAAGUACGACCAUGAGGAGUUUUCCAAACUAAUGGCACUGGAUGACAUUAAGACUGCCAAGGUAUGGGGCCUGGAGAAACCCAACUCUGUUUCCAAAGUCGUAUCUGGUGCAGAAGUUGCCCCGGAAGCGUAAUGACACUUCAUAGUCCAAAACGCUGAAUGUUCCUAACUAAUUAGCCCACAUAAUAAUUCUUUCUCAGUGUUUUGCUCUGAGGCAUGUGUUUGGUAUCCGUAUAUUAUGUGCUAUUGUAGAAAAACUUGUCUUAUGAGAAGCUAUGUAGAGGAUCAGCUGCGGCUCGAAUGCCUAAUACUCUGUGAUAGGAUCCUUUCUGAAAAUUGCCAAGUAUAACACAGCAUAUUUUUUUGUAACUUUAAAUCGUCUUAUGCUGGCAUUCAUAACCAGAUAUGGUUGGAUCUUGAUGAUAAUAUAAUGCAAAGUAUUAUUAUAGGAGUCUAGGU